CCCGUCACUUCGACCUGAAGAAACACGAUAGCAGCGAGCUGCUCGCUCCGCAGCUCCGGCUACAGGUCGACCGAGCUAGAAAGAAACAAGACUAGCUCUCGGAUUCGUCUCGUCGCCCGCCGCGGCAGCUUGCGUCGAUCUACCGGAUGGGCGUCGCGUUCCGGUGCUUCGGAGGGGGCGUGGCAGCCCAGGACCCCAAGCCCCUGGUGACGCCGUCGUCGAGCUUCGACUUCCGGGAGGAGUACACCAGCGCGUUCCGGACCGAGUCCUACAACAACUUCUGGGCGCGCGUCCUGGACAUCACCCUCGCGCACGGCGCCGGGCUGGUGCCGCGCCCCGGCGGCGGCGGCGGCUCCGGCGGCACGGCGUGCAAGCGCCUCCCCUCCUACCGCCUCUUCGCCGAGCACCUGCUCGAGCCGGACCAGCGCGCCGUCCGCGCGGCCCUCGCCUCCGCCGGCAAGGGCCGCCUCCACCCAGGCGUGCACGACCUCCUCGCCGCCUACUACAACGAGACGGCCAGCGCCUCCUUCCUGUGCAGCCACCUGCUGAGGGACAUCGAGCAGGUCCGCCUCCGCUACCGCCCGCUCAAGAACACGCUCCGCAAGCUCGCCCGCGACGUUGGGGUGUCCAACCUCGCCGACGUCUCCGCCGCCCUCGGCCAGCCGUUCACCGCGCUCGCCGUGUCGCAGGGAAAGCUCCGCCAGGCGCAGCGCAGCUCCGCCGAGCUCCUCAGGAGCCUCGACUCCAGCAGGAAGAAGACGCGCCUCCGGAUCAAGACCCUCGGCCGCCUCAGGCGCGCCCUCUCGGUCUCGUUCGUCUCGGCCGCGGCCGUCGUGGCCGUCGUCGGCGCGUGCAUCGGCGUGCACGUCCUGGCUGCGUUCGCCGCCUUCCCGAUGAUGUCGCCGGCGUGGCUGGGCCUCUUCUCCGGCCGGACGGAGCGGCGAGCUCUGCUGCAGCUAGAGGCCGCGGCUAUACAUGGCACGUACAUACUCAACAGGGACAUGGACACCAUCAGCCGGCUCGUGGCGCGGGUGCGCGACGAGGGGGAGCACAUGCUCGCGCUGCUGCAGCUGUGCGUGGACAACCGCGCGGCGGCCGGCGACAAGGGAAGGCUGGUGCAGGAGGUGUUGAAGCAGCUGUGCAAGAACGAGGAGAACUUUGCGCAGCAACGGGACGAGCUGGAGGAGCACCUCUUCCUGUGCUUCAUGACCAUCAACAAGGCCAGGAGCAUGGUGAUGAAGUUCAUACCUGCUGCAGACCAGGGUUCCGGUUGACAAGAGAAAGAAAAAUGUGCUUGUAGAACAGUCUAGCCUGUACAUACUGCAUUUGUGCUUGUAGAACAGAACUUAGCCUGUACAUACCAGAUUCUUUCUAUUUUUCAGUACAGAAAAAAAGAGAGGAGAAAAGGCUAGGCUAAAAGAUUUCUCAACACAGUGCUUUUGUUUGAAUUUUCAUACCAAUAAACAUCAUAUUGAACGAUUGAAAUAAUAGCCUGACCGAGGGCUUAAAUACCCUGCAUAUGCC